AUGGCGGCUAGAGCACUGCUUCCACACGAAAUCGUUGAACAAGCGCUUCAGUCGGAGGGCAAUGAUAAGGUAGCAGAGCUUGAGUGGGUGAGAAUGGUGGAAGACAUGACCAAGGAAGGGAAAUUAUCUGACAGCUUGGCAGUGUGUGAUGUGUCAGAUAGCAUGAAAGGACUUCCGAUGCAAGUCUGCAUCGCUCUUGGAUUGCUCAUUUCUGAAAUGAGCAGCCCACCUUGGAAAGGCCACGUAAUUAGCAUAAGUGCGAACCCAAAGCUACACUUGGUCGAGGGCGACACUCUGGCAGAGAAAUACAGAUUUACUCAGAAUAUGGAGUGGAGCAGGAAAACUAAUUUUCAGAAAGUUUUUGAUGUGAUUCUCAAUGUUGCCUGCGAAUGCAAGCUACAGCCGGAGAAGAUGAUUAAACAGUUGUUUGUGUUCAGUGACAUGUUAUUCCACCAAGUGUUGUUAAACCCAUUGGAAACAGAUUACUGGGCGAUAGAGAGGAAAUAUAAAGAGGCAGGGUAUGGGACGCCUCCGAGAGUCGUGUUUUGGAACCUCCGUGAAUGGUAUUAUGGGCCACCGUGGAUGUGGAAGACAGAGGGCAUUGCAAUGGUGAGCGGAUAUUCUGAGAACUUACUUAAAGUGUUCUUGAACAAUGGGGAAAUAAAUCAGAUGCUAGUGGUAAAGCAGGCAAUCCAAGGGGAACUUUUCGAGCAAUUGGUUGUCCUCGACUAA